AUGGUAGGAUUGAGAACCGAUGACGCUCCAGCUAUGGUGGGUCGUGAUAAGGGUCUAGUGGAGUUUUGUCGUAAAGAUGAAAGUUUUCCGCAAUUUCUCUGUUACCACUGGAUUAUCCCACAACAAGCAUUAUGUGGACAUUUUCCAAAACUGUACAAAGUUAUGAAAUUGGUAGUAAAAAUUGUGUACGAGAUUAGAGCUCAAGCGUUACAACAAAGAUUAUUCAAAGCCUUGCCGAUGAAAUUGACUGUCAAUAUGGGGAACUGCUUCUUCACUCUGUCCGAUGGUUAA